AAUAGGCUAUGUAAAAUAUGAAAACAAAAAGUAGCGGUUUGGUCUUAAGCAUAAGGUUUUUCGUGUGGGUUAGGUUUAAAAUCAGAUUUUUUAAGAGACAUUUUGAGAAAUAGUCCAGGGUUUAGCAAUAAUUCUGCCUUUGUGGCUGUGGUAACCAGUGACUAGGUUCCUAGCGUCUGUUCCGCCUAUUCUGUGUAGCGUCAUUAAACUAACGCCUUGUCGUUGUCCCUGUACUGUUACCGUAUGGUUAGUUAGUGUAACGGAGAGGUGUAGUCAGCAGCGGAUACCUACCUACAAAACUGUUUGCUACGCUACCGACAUUCAAUCACAUUUCGGGAAGAAAGAAGCGAGGGUGGAGAGAGAUGGCGAAAACCUAUGAUUACCUUUUUAAAUUGCUACUCAUCGGGGACAGCGGUGUCGGCAAGACAUGUCUCCUCUUCCGAUUCAGCGAAGAUGCGUUCAACACUACCUUCAUAUCAACAAUAGGUAUUGACUUCAAAAUCAGGACGAUAGAGUUGGACGGGAAGAAGAUCAAGCUCCAGAUAUGGGACACAGCCGGUCAGGAGAGGUUCAGGACCAUCACAACAGCCUACUACAGAGGAGCUAUGGGUAUCAUGCUAGUGUAUGACAUCACUAACGAGAAGUCCUUCGAGAACAUCAAGAACUGGAUCAGGAACAUUGAAGAGCAUGCCUCCUCUGACGUGGAGAGGAUGAUCCUAGGAAACAAGUGUGACAUGAAUGACAAAAGACAGGUGUCAAAAGAACGAGGAGAAAAGUUGGCGAUUGAUUAUGGCAUCAAGUUCUUAGAAACAAGCGCCAAAUCCAGCCUGAAUGUGGAAGAGUCCUUUUUCACACUGGGAAGAGACAUAAUGACGAGACUCAACAGAAAAAUAAACGACAACAGUCCUCCAGGAGGCGGUGGGCCAGUCAAGAUCACAGAGAACCGGUCAAAGAAGAGCAGCUUCUUCAGGUGUUCACUGUUCUAGUGGAUCCAUCCUCUCCGUUCCAUGGACUGGUACAGCCUGCUGCUUCCCCACAGAGCUGAGCAGAAUACACCCCCAACCCCUCACCAGGCCUGGUACCAGGCUACCUACCUAGCAUACCACCCACCCCUCACCAGGCCUGGUACCAGGCUACCUACCUAGCAUACCACCCACCCCUCACCAGGCCUGGUACCAGGCUACCUACCUAGCAUACCACCCACCCCUCACCAGGCCUGGUACCAGGCUACCUACCUAGCAUACCCCCAACCCCUCACCAGGCCUGGUACCAGGCUACCUACCUAGCAUACCCCCAACCCCUCACCAGGCCUGGUACCAGGCUACCUACCUAGCAUACCCCCCACCCCUCACCAGGCCUGGUACCAGGCUACCUACCUAGCAUACCCCCAACCCCUCACCAGGCCUGGUACCAGGCUACCUACCUAGCAUACCCCCACCCCUCACCAGGCCUGGUACCAGGCUACCUACCUAGCAUACCCCCAACCCCUCACCAGGCCUGGUACCAGGCUACCUACCUAGCACUCCUCCAACCCCUCACCAGGCCUGGUACCAGGCUACCUACCUAGCAUACCCCCAACCCCUCACCAGGCCUGGUACCAGGCUACCUACCUAGCAUACCCCCCACCCCUCACCAGGCCUGGUACCAGGCUACCUACCUAGCAUACCCCCAACCCCUCACCAGGCCUGGUACCAGGCUACCUACCUAGCAUACCCCCAACCCCUCACCAGGCCUGGUACCAGGCUACCUACCUAGCACACCCCCAAUCCCUCACCAGGCCUGGUACCAGGCUACCUGCCUAGCAUACCCCCCACCCCUCACCAGGCCUGGUACCAGGCUACCUACCUAGCAUACCCCCAACCCCUCACCAGGCCUGGUACCAGGCUACCUACCUAGCAUACCCCCAACCCCUCACCAGGCCUGGUACCAGGCUACCUACCUAGCAUACCCCCACCCCUCACCAGGCCUGGUACCAGGCUACCUACCUAGCAUACCCCCAACCCCUCACCAGGCCUGGUACCAGGCUACCUACCUAGCAUACCCCCAACCCCUCACCAGGCCUGGUACCAGGCUACCUACCUAGCAUACCCCCAACCCCUCACCAGGCCUGGUACCAGGCUACCUACCUAGCAUACCACCCACCCCUCACCAGGCCUGGUACCAGGCUACCUACCUAGCAUACCACCCACCCCUCACCAGGCCUGGUACCAGGCUACCUACCUAGCACUCCUCCAACCCCUCACCAGGCCUGGUACCAGGCUACCUACCUAGCAUACCCCCCCACCCCUCACCAGGCCUGGUACCAGGCUACCUACCUAGCACUCCUCCAACCCCUCACCAGGCCUGGUACCAGGCUACCUACCUAGCAUACCCCCAACCCCUCACCAGGCCUGGUACCAUGCUACCUACCUAGCAUACCCCCAACCCCUCACCAGGCCUGGUACCAGGCUACCUACCUAGCAUACCCCCAACCCCUCACCAGGCCUGGUACCAGGCUACCUACCUAGCAUACCCCCCACCCCUCACCAGGCCUGGUACCAGGCUACCUACCUAGCACUCCUCCAACCCCUCACCAGGCCUGGUACCAGGCUACCUACCUAGCACUCCUCCAAACCCAAAACUGGGUCUUGGCCUGGCUAGGCUACUUAUUGCUGCUGAGCUGGCUGGUUAUUCUGUAGGCUACAGAGGAAAGCGACUCGCCAUCCCAUUUAAAAAAUGACACGUUAGAGAACCAAAACAAUUCUGAAAAGAAGAAGGAAUGCCCCCCAAUUGUUGUCCUAACUGCCCCCCCCCCCUUCCCCAAAGGAGAUUGUCUAGGGAUGCGUCCCAAAUGGAACCCUUUUCACCAUAUAGUGCACUACUCUUCACCAGAGCCCUAUUAUACAGGCCCUGGUCAAAAGUAGUGCACUAUAUAGGGAAUAGAGUGGCAUUUUGGAUGCAGUACAUUUCUCACCCAACAGCUCUGAUUGACAGUUGAACCCUGUCUUCUGUGUUCUUUAACUCACCCCUGGAAACGCUUUGUUGUUUGUCAGCUUCCUAUUUAGAUGAAGCUGCCUUUUCCUGUAUUCUCUUGAUGCACAGUUAACUUUUUCUUUUGUCGAGUGUCUUGUCUUUCUACCUACCUACCUAUCUUUCUGCGAUAAAAAGAUUGACACCUGAAGGAUUGGAAGAGUUGUUUGGCGUGGAUCUCGGUUGGUUUGCUACCAGAGAAGAAUAUUCGUCAACUGAAAAUCACAGGUUAUCAUCACGUUGACUUUUUAAAGUUAUGAAUGAACAUGUCUGCAGGGAGAGAUGAAGAGAAACCAGAGUGUUGUACUGCAUGUUCUGCCCACACUAGGAAGGAAAAUGUAACUGUUGUUUAAUAUUCUACCAAAGCUGAUGACUUCAUUGUGGUGGUUGUUUCACCAAUGUCUUUUUUUUUUUUGUCUUUUAGUUUUAUAUAAUCUUUAUGUAAUCGCACUGGAGAUCGUUAUGGAUGUUUCAAUGAUUGUUAAAACACCGCCUCUGUCAAAAAGGACACUGCAGUCAUUCGACGGUGCAUCCCUUGUCCAGAGCACUAAAGGCUAGAUUCAGAACCGUACUUCAGAACCGCUCUUCAGAUCCACUCUCCAGAACCACUCUUUAAAACCACUCUAAAGAGUUAAAGGAUGCUCAUUGCUUGGCACUUCAACUGAUGACGGUCUCAGAAUUGGCUUCACUCAAUCGGACGUAAUGAAUGACUAGUUUUUCUGUUGUCACUUAGUCAUGCGCUUACAGAAGGAGGUUUCUCAAUUACUCCAAAUUAAAACCACUGAACAGCCUCUACUCAACUUAAAACCACUGAACAGCCUCUGUGCUUUAAGUGUCUUUUUAAAGCCUUGAAUGUUAUUGUUGUUGUUGUGUGUUUUGAAGUUCAGACUUUCUUUCAUUCCAUUCACUGAAAACGGCCCUCAGUUUGCAGCACUGUUUUGAGUUGACAGACCUUUCUGAAGAAACCACCACAACCACCACGGUAGCAGAUACUGACUCAUACAACGACCACGGUAGAAGAUACUGACUCAUACAACGACCACGGUAGCAGAUACUGACUCAUACAACCACCACGGUAGAAGAUACUGACUCAUACAACCACCACGGUAGAAGAUACUGACUCAUACAACGACCACGGUAGCAGAUACUGACUCAUACAACCACCACGGUAGAAGAUACUGACUCAUACAACCACCACGGUAGAAGAUACUGACUCAUACAACCACCACGGUAGAAGAUACUGACUCAUACAACCACCACGGUAGAAGAUACUGACUCAUACAACCACCACGGUAGAAGAUACUGACUCAUACAACCACCACGGUAGAAGAUACUGACUCAUACAACCACCACCAGGUAGAAGAUACUGACUCAUACAACCACCACGGUAGAAGAUACUGACUCAUACAACCACCACGGUAGAAGAUACUGACUCAUACAACCACCACAACCACCACGGUAGAGGAUACUGACUCAUACAACCACCACAGUAGCAGAUACUGACUCAUACAACCACCACGGUAGAAGAUACUGACUCAUACCAGUGCUUUUAAAAAGUAGCAACAAGCAAAAACCUCUUGAGUUCUAUCGUUGGUUCCUUUUCAUGCAAAUGUUGUUAAUGGUAUUAUAUUUUUGUACUGUGUCCUAUAAGACAUUGGACACUGGCGUUACUCCCAGCAUGCUUUGUGAAACCACAAGGUAUACCACUUUCUACAUGUUUCAUUAUAUUAGCUCUU